AAUAUGUGUGUAAUUAAACUUCUAAUGUGUCUGAAAUAACAAACCCUAAUUUCAAUCCCAAAUAUCCCGAUCGAUCGAAUUCCAUGGCAAACCUUUCCUCAUCUUCCUCCUCCUCGUCUCAAUUCACCUACUCCUCCUCCGAUCCCUCUUACUUCCCCACCCCUUUCACCUUCAACAACCGCCUUACGCCCCUCCCCUUCGUCCCCAUCCUCCCACCGUCACCGCUGCCCCCGCUGCUGCUGCAUACAGCUAUCCUCCUCCAUCGUCACACCACUACCAAUUCCAGCACGAUGCUCAGCAACUCUUCCAGCGCGAUGCCCAAACCAUUACCCCGGAGGCUCUCGAGAUCGUGAAGGACGCCAUAGCCAGCAGCGACGUCGACCACAAGACCGACGCGAAGAGGAAGGCAGUUCCCCGCCGUGCCGUCGGGUAGCCGUGGGAGGAUCCCUCGCUGGCCGAGUGGCCGGAGAAUGACCAUCGCUUGUUCUGCGGCGACCUAGGGAACAAGGUGAACGACGACGUUUUGUCGAAGGCCUUCACAAGAUUCCCUUCGUUUAACAUGGCGAGAGUUGUGAGGGAGAAGCGAUCAUCAUGCAUAUAGAGAUGGUCGUCUUAAGGAGGUAGUUCUGCUAUAUCUUGGAGCUGCAGAUGGCGAUACAGUGAUUGCCAAAGAUAUCAGUGCCAAGCUUGUGGACCUUGCUCUUGAAUCUGGAAAAAUAUAUGAAGGAGAAGGCUUCAAGUACAUACAGGAAAGUUUUGCCAAUGGCACAUUUCAUCUCAUUGGGUUAUUGAGUGAUGGUGGAGUCCAUUCCCGACUUGAUCAGUUGUAGGCUUACACAAAGACUCCGAAUUAUCCAAACUAGUAGGGCAGUACCACCGAUAUCCAGUGAUGAACCAAGUAGAUAAGCCACCCCACCACUCAUUUAUUAAUAUCUUAUCAACAGAAAUAUGAAAUUUUUUAAAGGAAAAUUCUUCAAUAUAUUUAACUAAAUAUUUAUUUGAUUUGUGCAUCAGCUCAAUAAUGUUGUAGCUAGAGAUCUUUUCUUUUCCUAUGAAUAACGGGAAUCGUACGUAUACUACUUUUUUGUCGGUUCAUCCUGAGAGUGGUGCUAUAACAAGCUAAGAUCAAAUGUUUCAUGACCUUCCAUUUUCUAAGAGGGUCCCAAUUAGGGGAUAAGUCAUGAAAAAUUGCAAGAGAUCAAUAAUUUUAGUAAAAGAAAAUAAUUAAUAUUGGUUAGUUAAUGGUUUCUAAGUGAUAAAUCAUAACACCUAACCAUAACCGCCAAGUCCUGUCGUACAUGUACAUGCAUGCAAUUCUGUUCUUUCAUUAGGUCUAAUUUGGUCAUUUUCAUUCAUAAUUUUUUAAGCGAAGGUCCUACUCUUGAUGUUCUUGAAAAAUGCCAAGAAGUGGAGGCCAGAGCUAGGGAGCUUGAUAAACAGGUGAAGCUACUUGUGAGAUUCCUGAUUUUGCAUACUCGCCAAAUCCACACAAUGGAAGUUCUGGGUCUGACUGUAUGCUUUUCUCGGCCUUUAAGAUAUUGGGUAUUGGCCUGUCUGAAUUUUAAAACUAGAAAUUCUGUUGAAAGAAACAAAAAAGACUUGUGGCUUUCUUUGCUCAACAUUACAUGUAGACAUGUAGUAGCAUCACUAACUGAAAGAUCAUUGUGCUUGAUCCAAAAUCAGAGCCAGUGCUUAGUAGAUCUAUGCGGUGCAUUGCACUGUGACAUUGAAAUCAAUUUUGGGUUGAAAAAAUCAAAAUGUAAUCCUGCUGCCGCUGCAAGAAAUAAACAUCUGUGCGAGAGCUUAGCAGAUAGUUGUUUUCCUGUUAAUGACGGUCCUGCAGCAAGCCGACUCCAUGAAUUCUUCUUGCACCAAUUCUGUGAUGCACACAGCUGCACUGGAAGCAGGAAACCUUUCUCCAGAGACCGCCGGAGGGAUGAAAAUGGAAACUCAACUGUCGAGGUGCAUAUCUCAAACUGGCAGAAAGAAAAAACCAUCUUAAUAGAUAGAUCUGUCGUCUUCGGAAGUUCUCUCGCUUCUCCAACACUUUCAGAAUCCAUAGAAGUUUACUAAUCUGUGACAGUGGUUACUGCACUCCCAAUUCGGCCAUAGGCGAGUGCAGUUGGAGGAGAAGAGCGAGAAAGACUGCCAAAUUUGCUCCUCGUUUUACAUGUUUGUUGUAAGCCAAUUUCUUUACGGAGACUUAGCAAACACAAAUUUGAGCUGCAGGAUUGAAUUUGCCCUUGGUAGCUUUUGUAUUUGAUUCUAACUAACAUUACUAACAAGAAAAAUUAUACCUUAUCAUCGUGUUCUUUUUGUUUGUUGAAACUUGAUCAGGAUCUAUUUGUAAACUUUUUCAUUGUGUAACAUCAGUGUAAACUCUUAUUGUACUGCUUUGCAUUGAAUAAUAAAAAAAAAUUGUCUGUA